AGUAACCACCCUUAGCGGCCGUGUAGUCAGUCAUCGCGGCGGCGCGUUCGGUCGCCCCGUCUCAUCGAUCGAGCCCAUCCGCGUCGGCGUUCGUCGAAAUGGCUUCUUAUACGCGCGAAUCGCCGCUAAAUGCAAUCUGGGGGUUGCGGGUGGGGUAAACUCUCGAGCUUGCGCGUGCCAAUCGCCUAGAUCCGCACAGGGUGGGACGAUAUUAUACUGUGUGUUAUUGUACGUACGUAUGUGUGUGCGCGUCUACGUAUAUUCUCGCGAGUGUUUUUAUUGACGUUCCGGAUAUAGGUAGAGUCCCAUAGAGAAAUCGAACGUUCAUAGACAUUAUUAUACACGGAAACCGAACGCGAGCUCAAGGAAGUCAAUUUUUUCUCGGAAUAGCCACAAAUACGUAUUGUUGCUACGUAUUAUCCUGCUCGUUGCUUUUGUACACGUGCUCGCGGAAUAAUAUUGACACGCUUAUCCUAUAAUAUUAUACCUACCUACUAUAAUAGUUGUAACUCUUUGUCUCUUUGCACCAGAAGUUCGGUAUAUUAUUAAAUAAUAUAAUCCUCUCUAUCUGAAUACGCACGUCAUAUUAAACACGCUCGCGUGUGUGUACAAUACAUCUUACAAUCGAUAAAAUCGCUCUGGGCAUUUUGCCCAGAAACGCGUAUACAAGACGGGCCCGCAAUACGGCGGCAAGCUGAUCCUGUCACGGACGGCCGUGGAUACUACGUGGCAACGGCGCCAGGAACUGUCGCUCCAUCCGGCGACGGCGACGGCUGCAGAAACGGAAGACUGGCACGGCAGGUCGAUGCAGUCCGACAAGGGUUACAGUGCUCAGGUGAUCGCUUUGAUUUGUGGUCUAAUUGUAAUUGUUCUGAUGCUACUAACAUUGACGUCCACUGAUUGGUUAUUGUCAGCCGGUUGGCGUCAAGGUUUGUUUUCUCAUUGCAUUGCAGUCAAUGCUCCGACACCGUUACCAUUUAAUGUACCUGAUAACGGUCCAGAUUGUUAUCCAACACGUGAAGUUGGAUACAUAAGAGUAGCUGCAGCUUUGUGUAUAGUUACGUUGGUCACAGACAUAGUGGCUACUCUUUUAACGGGGCUUGGGUUGAGAAGCAAAGAUCAACGAACCAAAUACAAAUUCUACAGAGUAGCUGUUUACGUUAUGUUACUUGCAUUAUUAUCAUUAUUGAUAGCGUUGAUUGUGUAUCCCGUAUGUUUUGCAGCUGAAUUAAAUUUAGGGAACCGCACUGUGUGGGAGUUUGGAUGGGCCUACGGCGUUGGAUGGGGUGCUGGAAUAUUUUUGUUUGGUGCUGUUGUAUUGCUGUUAUGCAACAAAGAAUCCGAAGAAAUCUACUAUAAAGAACGUAAAGUGACAUCGACCGCCUAGUGUGCGGCGCCCCUGCCUGACGUAGUACUUUAGUGACCUUCCGCCGUUGGUCGGACGACGGGCAGGGUGAUCUUAUUGUUUUUAUGAUAAGACAGUCAUUACCAUGAUUUACUAACUAACACGUCACACAUGUCAAAAAUCAUCCUACAUCAUUGGUUUUUGACAGUAAAUAACUAUUCUGGUGGGGGAAUAUUUGCUUUACGCACAUUAUACUAAAUAAAAUUGUAAAAGAUUCUUUCAGUAAUCAUAAUCAAAUUAGCAUUAGGUUAUUUUUUUUAUAGAUAGUUGAAUGAUGUAUUUUUUUUUCAUAUUUUAACCAUAAUAACUUGAGAUUUUUGUGUAUCAAGUGAAGAGUUAAGAUAGAAUUUUAUAUUAACUUAAUAAUUAUUAACAUGUGAUUAUGGUAGUCUGUAUUUUAUUCAAAUUAUUAAAAUUAUUGUUUAUGACUUACACUUAUGAGUAUCACAAAUUAAAUUUACUUAAAACAUUUCUCAUUGUUCCAAAUUGGAAAUGAGUUAUAAUUUCUAUUAUUAAUUCAAGUUUAUAAAUUGUAUUAUAGUUAUUACUUAUUAGUAAACAUACCGAUGACACCAUGUAAAAAUAAUACUAAUUUUGUGUAACACGAGUUCUUUUAUAAUGUACUAUCUGAUCAAGUGUAAUAAGUAAUAACAUGUUCAUAUCUAAUAUUAUCUAUUGUUAAAAUAUUUAAAUUUAGUAGUAACAAAAACAAAUGUAAAUAUUAUAAUAUUUUGUAUAUCAUACUAUGUUUCGGCUUGUGUCUUACACAAGCAGUAGCCAAAGAGAGUUGACCCUGCCAAAGACCAAAAAAAAAAAAAAAACUAAAGAAAAACUUCCUGUAUUAUU